CGGCAGACACCACAGGAACAAACUGUCUGCCGGCAAGCAGUGCACGGAUCACCGUCACCACCCACAUCGGCAUCACCACCAACGCUCCCACCACCGGGGCAUGAACAUGGGCCAAAAGAUUUCAGGCGGCGUGAAGAGCAUGAGCCGGGAGAGCGGUGCCGGUGCCGGCGGCGGGGUCGGUGUUGGCGGUGGCAACAACAACACGACGUACACACGAUCGGUGGUACCGCGCGAAUUGGCCCAGGACUUCGCGAGGCCGCCGCGCCUCGACGUGCUCCUCGACAUGCCACCCGCCUCGCGAGAGACGCAGGUCCACCAUAGCUGGAACGCCGACGACCGUAGUCUAAAUAUAUUCGUCAAGGAGGACGAUAAGUUAACGUUUCAUCGACAUCCCGUCGCGCAAAGUACAGAUUGCAUACGAGGGAAGGUGGGGUAUACUAAAGGUAUGCACGUAUGGGAGCUUUAUUGGAGCACGAGGCAACGAGGUACGCACGCCGUGGUAGGAGUCGCGACCGCGGAUGCGCCGCUACAUAGCGUCGGCUAUCAGAGUUUGGUCGGCAACAACGAGCUCAGUUGGGGUUGGGACCUUGGUAGAAACAAACUCUAUCACGACUCGAGAAACAACACUGGCAUGACGUAUCCAACCCUUCUCAAGUCCGACGAGACAUUCAUUGUUCCUGACAAAUUUCUGGUUGUCCUCGAUAUGGAUGAAGGUACGUUAGCAUUCGUGGUCGAUGGUCAGUAUCUCGGAGUAGCGUUUAGAGGACUCAAAGGAAGGAAAUUACACCCUAUUGUAUCCGCCGUUUGGGGACAUUGCGAGAUCACAAUGAAAUACAUCGGCGGACUUGAUCCUGAACCUCUGCCUCUCAUGGAUCUUUGUCGGAGAGUGAUUCGACAGCGAAUCGGCAAGCAUAGACUAGAAGACAAGAUCAACGAGCUGAACCUACCGCAGACAAUGAAGACUUAUCUCCUUUACCGGGACAGAAGGUAACCACUGAGUGAAUCUCCUCAAGAUGCCACCACGAUUAUGACUGCGAACAUCACCGUGCUACAACGUUGCCACUACGACGCACAGGCGACCGUCCGCUAUCCCCUUUCACACCACCAAGGACAGCAACCCCUUAGCCGCGCGUCUCUGUUAAUCAAGCGCACGAUGUUCAACAGACUGACAUGCAUCAUGCGACGACGCGUCGAGACACGCCUAGGACCUCGAGAAGGCGCGCUGAGAGAGCGACGCCGAAAUACCGUAUUGAUAACGACUCGUGGCGCCCUUAUCAGGACAAGCCACGAUGACCGCAAUCCUCUUCGUCGUUAUUGCCAUCGUCGAUAAGUUUAACUCGAUGGAGGCAGGGUUGAGAGACAAAAUAGAAGAAAAGGACUGUAACGAGAUUUAGAAAAAACAUUUCUAAAUUUAGUUGUUUUUAAUUAAUGUUGUUUUACGUUGCUUAUUGUUGUCUUAUGUUACUCGUAUUUCUUUCUCGGAAUAGAGAAUUAUUCUUUGUUGAUUAUUAGAAAGUUUUACCGAGGAAACCGAUUUCGGUACUUUCGCAUCGGCAAGCAUCUAUGCCUUUGUUCUUUUUUUUUUUUUUUUAAUGUUCGCCUUACUGACGAUGCGUAUAUGUGAUGAAUAGAAUUGUGCCAGACGAUGGCAAUGCGACAAUUUGCGCAAUUUCGGAGACGCGUGGUUAAAGACGGAAGGCAAAAGAUUAUGCGAAAACACGAAGAAAUUACAGCGCUUCGCAGUUGGCCAGUAAAAAAAAUUAGACUUAAUCAAGCCUGGAGGCUGAUACGGACGUGUUGCUUGCUUACAACGGUUAAUUGAUAGUGGAUAGCGCUGCUGGCUCAUAGUCCGGCCACAGCAGAAAAAAUGGUGGAGCAAGAGGGAGAAAAAGCGAACAGAGAAAAUAGAAGAUGCGAAGAAGUUUUCUACGACGAGGAUACUCAGCAAGAAAUGUGACCUCGAUCGCACAACUGUGGAACGAUUAAUUCAAUUUGGAGAAGUGUGUAUAGUGAUGGACAUCGGGCAGCCACCUUCCAAUAGACUCAUUUUUCAAGUAUUUUCUAAGCAUGCUAGAUUUAAUAAAGUAUAGUGGUGUGUGCGUGUAUCGUGGAUGGCUAUAGCUGUACUAUAUAUAUAUAUAGUACAGAGACGACGAGGAAGAUACGAGGGAGGAAGAACAAAGAUAACCCUGCCAUAAUAUUCUCUUUAGCAGUGUUCGAAAAUGUAGACUUUACAAUUGCGAAUUCUGCGGGGGAGAGAGAGACCGAGUGGAGAAUGCGAAGAAAAAGGGGUAAGCAUCUGAAACUCGCGCUGUGGUGAAUCGGAUAUAAGACGUCUAAGUACCCUAAUAACGAAAAAAGCAUGUUACUAAAAUUAAUUAUCCACAUCUAAUUGAUUUAAAGUGCUGUAAUGACUUGCGGAAAAAUAGUAUGUAUUUAACUAAUGUUUAAGAGAAGCGAGUGAACACACGGGCAUUGGCACAAAUUAUUCCAAACGCGAAUUAAAACUGUCAUGGAGAGCCGCUAUGUAGCAAAUGUAAUCCGGUAAAAGGGGUGACGAGUAACGCGACCGCACAUCGGGUUAUACUUAUCACGGAUUUACUCAUCAUAACGAUUAUCGGAUUAUCGAUCUUAAUAGUUACAAUAACGACAUUGACGAUGAUGAACAAUGAUGCUGAUUAUAUCGGAUGUGUAACUAUUAUACUAUUAGCAUGACAAAUCUUACGACUGGUCUCUAGUAUCUCUUUACUCUUACGUUUGUCGCUUAGGUUAAAGACUACGCUACCGUCAACGGCUAUGUCGAAUUGUAUAUAGAUAUAUUGAUAAUAUUGUACGACGACGUAUACGUGUGCAUUGUGGACGACGAUUGUAUCCGUAGCUGCGGAACAGGCAGACCGAAUGCGAGAGUGGUACCAUCUUCAUCGUUUCAUACAAGCAGAGAGCAAUCAUCUCGCAUCGUCAGACCUCCGUUUCGGUAUAUCUUGCUUUCUGACGCGCGGGCUUAACGCGAUUUCGAAAUCACCUUGAUUGUUAAUCGCUGAUGUCAUUGCACCCACUGGCUUAAGCUCGUCCGAGACUCGGAUCGUAUCGCAUCUUCCAAAUUAUCGUCAACCAUUCGCAGCCUUUAUCUGACUGUUCUAAGCUCCUCGUUGGACGUAAGUCGCAUUUGCUUUUGCAUCUGUAUCGGUUACGUUUCUUGAUUGCAAUCCCCUGUGUGAUGACCUGUUUGAAUGAGCCCAUUGUUCGCUCGCUGGACAACAUUCUAACACUCAUCACAAAGCAGUUCGCGAGACGGCCAGUCUCGCGUCGUACCUGCGACACUUUCAAAAGCGCGCUCGCACGAUCUCGCACUCGGGAGCUUUUGAUCACACAGCUUUGCGAUUCUUAACACGCCGGGAGCGUGAUCAGCGACGUUUGCCUUUGCUACCUCUCAUCACGGAAUACACGGAGGAAGCAUGCGAAUCUGCGACGCGAACAGAUCGAAUGAUAACGGACAGAUGCGAUGACGACUCAAUCUUUUCGAAAAACGUAUCUCGUCUCUCCAUCGGCACGUCGUCGUCGGAGAUAAUUCUGUCAUGUAAUGGAAACACAUGUAAUGGGAACGAGAGAUAAAGAGAGACGCUGCGAGGAAAUUUCUGCGCGGAAGGGAAGAGUCGUCGGGUAAUUUACUUUGUCAUCUUUUAUUCGGCGCCUGUGCCUGUGCAUGAAGGCAAAAAAAGACGAAACAGUUCUCUCCAGCGGGGCGACUUUGCGUACCACGAUAGAAAAAAAAAAAUACGAUUCUAAGUACGUGUAAGAGGGAACACAAGAAGCGUACCCGAAGACGCGCCUUAAGCGUUCACGAUUCAAUGUACAUUCAUUCAUACAUGUCAUUCAUAUAUCGUUAUACACGCGCGAGAAAACUGAGGAAAACUAGUACACACGCGCGCGCGCACACCCUCAGAAAGGAAGGUUUUUCCGCAACUAUACCUAUUGCUACCCGUUGAACCGAUACUGUUUUAUAUGAAUUAUUGCCUAUAGGAGCGCAUGUCACGAGCCGAGCAUGAGAGAGGACAAAUAGGAUGAAAAUAUUGUACAAAAUUAUUAUUAAUGAUCAAUAUUAAUAUUAUUACUGUAUCGAGAUCCCAAUAGUUUAAUUAAUUACUCGGUCGUCGUUAUCGUGUUAGUCAGGUAUUUACAAAUAUUAUGAUAUAAUUGUGGUUUCUGUUUUUAUACGAUAGGGAGAAAUGUGUAUGCGAUCGAUCGAUAUGGCAAUUGAACACGAGAUGAAAUUUUUUCUUUGAUUUAUCUCGCCAUUCUUUGUCGAAGCAUAUAAAGAACUCUUAUGAUUUAAGUUGAUUUUAUCACUAUCCAAAAUGACAACUUGUUUUGAGCAUAGCAAUGAAAUGGAAACAAUGAAAUAAAAAGAAUCAAUUGCAUUCUGAGCUUUCUUAUUAUAAUAUUGACAUUUAUACUCAAAAAGAAUAAUUUAUAAUAAGACAUAAUUUGAUCUUAUUAUGAAUCUUUUUGAUCAGUCUGAGUUAAAAGUUUAAUUUCUGAUGACAAGAUAAUUCCUAUAUAUACAUUAUCUUUCAUUUACAUAUUUUUUUAAUUAAU